UGUGUGGUUAAUGUUAAUGUUACCUCAGUUCGUUUCGGUGAGCAUACAUUAUCGACAUACCGUGACUGCAUAAAGUCUAGAGGAAGAGUAAUAUGUGCACCUCCAGUUGAAGAUUUUGAAAUUGAACGCGUUUUUGUACAUGAGAAUUUCUCCUCAAUUCUUGGCCUUAAUGAUAUAGCGCUUAUCAAACUAAAAAGGAAUGCGGAAAUCAAGUUAAACAUUAGUCCCAUCUGUCUUCCCGUGACCAAGGAGCUACAAGAAAAACCCGAAAUGCUGACGCAGUUUCGAGUAACAGGCUGGGGAAAAACUGAAACUUUGGCAAGAGCGGAUACUUUACAGGAAUCGGUUAUACGCAAAAUACCCCGAGAAAAUUGCAGUCGUGCUUACGACAAAGAAUAUAAUUCAUCUAUUAUCUGUGCUGGAGACACUAUGGGAGAUGCUUGCAAUGGCGACUCUGGUGGUCCAUUGACCUAUGUAGAGUAUUUUAAUCAAAGACAAAGAUUUGUACAGUUUGGAAUUGUCAGCCGUGGUUCAAAACAUUGCGGUAAUGGAUUUCCAGGUGUAUACACCAAUGUGGGUAAAUUUAUGUCCUGGAUCGCUGAAAAAAUAGUCGAACCAUAAGUAUCGCGUCUUUUUUUUAACAAUUGUAACUAAAACUUCAAUAUAUGUACAUGAAUUUAAAGUAAUAUUAUACUGCUAUA